UUAAAUAGCCGGUGAAAAACGUUGCAGUGAUACAAUCUACUGUCCUUUAAAGCAAAAAGCUUUUGGGGAGUGUUAUCUGCCAAAAAGUCUUUAUUUUUAUCUCUUUAUUCUCGAAAAAGUGCUAACCCUAGGCCCCAUUCGCGGCGUAUCGGGACUCGAGAUGACGGAUGAAUGCCCUCCUCACAAUAAAAAAACUAUCUUUAUUAUGCAGAAAGACAAAGAAAGAAAGAGAGUGAUCAAUAAGAAAGAGAUGAAGUUUAAGAGAAAAGGCAAUGCGUACCCUUUUCUAUCUUCACCUCCAUCAUCUUCAUCUUCAUAUAAAGAUCCUGACUCUGUUUUAAAGUUACUCCCGGUGGCCAUCUUAGCCCUAGCCUUAUCUCUCCCUAACCAUGAUCGUGAAGUUUUGGCCUACUUGGUAGCAAGGUCUCUUAUCUCCACCACCACAACCAACCCACAUUCUUCUUUCAACACUAACUGCUACCAUUCAAAGAACAAGUGCAAGGCCAUCACCUCCGAUGGAAAGAAGAAAUAUGUUCAAAAAGCCCCCCUUUUCGAAUGUGGGUGUUUCGAUUGUUACACUAGUUUUUGGUAUAGAUGGGAUUCUUCUCCAAACCGAGAGCUCAUUCACCAAGUUGUUGAAGCGUUUGAAAAUCACUUGCUGCAAAAUGAGUCUCCAAAUAAACACACUAGAGGGAAAAAGAGAGGUAACAAGGCGAUUGAGGCCAGUGUUGAAUCUAAUAUUUUGGUCGAUAAAGUAGAGGCAGAAUCUAAAAUAUCGGUAAGUGAAGAUGAAUGCGAGACUGUGAUAGUGCCAGAGGACAUUGAAGGCGGAGUUUUGAAGGAAAAUGGAGUUUUUUGUGAAGAAAAGAUGGGAAAGAUGACAGAAAAUCUGAAAAUGGAGGAAGUGACCGUACAAGCUAUGGGGACUAACCACAAGGGUUUGGCCAGGAAGGUUUUACCGGAUGUGGUGGGCUUACUAAACUCUCGUUUGUGGAGUCUUUGGGGUCCGGGCAUUUAAGAUAUGGAUUUUCAACUCUAGCAAGAACCAGUUCCAAAAAAAAAAAAAAAACGUAUUUUACUAUUUGUUUCUCGGGAAAACUACUUAUUUUGAGUGAAGGAAAAAACUUGAAAAACUGUGUUCUGCUGUUGUAGGGCGUUUAGUGGAAUUGAGGUGCUUUGGGUGGUAACCUUCUGAGUAAGAAGUGCAGAAACAGUCUGAUGAUGAACAAUAUUGUAGCUACUAAUCACUUUGCAUUAUUACUUCUGUUGUCAACGACUAGCAAAAUUUCUUAUUCAAUGUCUCCAACUUUUGGGUUUUGGA